CUCACCCAGCGUUUCCCUUCCCUUCUCAAGCCAUUCCCUUAGUGUAUCUCCUCCCCCAAGCCAUUGAAAAGAACAUGCGAUGGGGAUAAGGAAGAGGGAGUAUUAACCCACAGCACUGUAAUGACAGGACUUCCGGGUUACAGCCGGAUAUCCUGUGAGGAGGAGAGACGUCGGGGGAAGUGGCCAGUCCUAUCGGCACUUAUUACUCUGCAGUCCUAUCGGCACCAGAAGGCGCGCUCACUGAUACCACAGAGUUUGUGUAAAUUUUUCUUUCAAGGACAGCGGAAAAAUGGCGGCGCCCACAAUUAGGAGUGCUGCAGGCCUAUUUAGAAGAGUCUGUGCAACUGCCCAAGCACGGAGAAAUAUUGCAAUUUCUCCAUGUUUAGUUCAGAAAGUCCCCAGCUCUGUGUGGAAUCUGGGACGUCUCAAUCAUGUUGCCAUCGCAGUGCCUGAUUUAGAGAAAGCUUGCUUCUUAUAUGAGAAGGUUUUAGGAGCUCAAGUGAGUAAGACUGUUCCUCUGCCAGAACAUGGUGUGUACACUGUCUUUGUGGAGCUCGGGAACACAAAACUGGAGCUUCUACACCCUUUGGGACAGAACAGUCCAAUCUCUGGGUUUUUACAGAAAAACAAAGCAGGUGGAUUGCAUCAUAUAUGCAUUGAGGUUGAUGACAUCAAAGCAGCAAUGACCAGUUUGAAAGAGAAAAAAAUAAAAAUUCUAAGUGAAGAACCAAGAAUAGGUGCACAUGGAAAGCCAGUUGUCUUCUUGCAUCCAAAAGAUUGUGAUGGAGUUCUCGUAGAGCUUGAAGAAGCUUAAUACAAAUGGCUAUUGCCUCCUUAGUCGUACCAUAUAUCAAUGUUUUUACAAAUGAACCAUUAAUUUACAUUUCAGUUACUCUUUGUCCAACUUCAAGCUGUUAAAAUUCACUCUGGUAAAUGUAGCCUAUUAGUUACUUGUCAUAAUACUCACAUUGUAUCAUCUUGUCAAACCAACAGCAUGGCAACCAGUGUUUAAAAAGAGAUGCCCAGCCAUUUAAUGAGAGACACUUUUUAGAUAAAGAAGCAAUUGUAAGCAACUUUCAAAUAUACAUUCAUUUAAAUAAAACGCAUUGAUAAAUGUGAAUAAUGUUAAUGUAAUUACUAUCAAAAGCAGUGUCUGCCUUACCUUUGCUGCUAUAUUCUGAUUAUAUUUAAUUUGCCUCACUAAAGUAAAAAUAAAGCAGGAAGCAGCAAGCAGCUCUCCUCUAUUCUAGAAUGCCUUGCAUGCUUUUGUAAUUCUUUGUCUUCUCAGGUCUGUUUAUUACAGGCUACGGAGACUACGGUAUAGCUGGAACUUUAGUCUUGGAUGAAGGAAAGUUUAUUACCCAUAUAAUGUGCUAGGCAAGUGGUUAGGACAAGAAGUGAAGGAAAUUGUAAGAGACAAGUGUUACAUUUACAUAUAAUUAUAAAAUCAUUGAAAAAAAAUGUAAUAUACAUUGAAAAGCUGAUUAGAAUUACAUUUUUUUAUUAAUAAAAUGCUUUUUAUUAUUCGGCUGAACAUUCUGUACAGUAUCAUGGCUUUUACACCAAAAGCAUAUACUUUUUUUUUUUAUACCUUUAAGAUAAGGGUUUAACAAUUUAAUUUCUGCAUUUAUAUAUGGAAUAAAAAAUGUAGAUUUAUUUCAGAUAUUGAUAUAACUUAUAUUUAUAGGGAUUACAAUGAAUUAAAGAUGCUAAAUUGUUACUUUUUAAGACAGAUCAUUUCUGGGUACAGAAACAUUUUGUUUAAUCUUUAUUAUGAAAGUAAGAAUGUACACUACUGUUUUCAUGUUUUGGUGCUGGUAUUUUAUUGAAUUAUAUAAUAAAAUGCAAGUGUAACUUAAA